UACCACAAAUGCACAUCUCAAAACUAACGAAUUCAUCAUAAAUGCAUCUCCAAACUCACGGAAUCCGUUAACGGGUAACGAAACACACACAACCGACUGAAACCCAAACCAAUUUGACGGCGUUAAACGGUGAAUGCAGCCUUUCUAAAUCUUGCACGUACUCCGAUAUGAGUCGGUUAACAUUUUGUGUGGACGAUGCUUAAAAAUGAAUUCAGCUUAAGAUUCCUCCCUUCAUUUCUCUUUCCGUAUCUAUAGCCGUAAACUUAUCAUCGAUUCAGGGAUAUUAACACCACCGUUAUUGCAUUUUCGAUAGUAGCAUUGGUUUUGCUAUCCAAAAGGGUUGCGGCGCAGCUUGUUGCUCGUUUACCUGCCACUUUAUUAGACACUUCUUAGUAGCUGCGGUUUCUAGCAUCCUGAAGGAUGAUUCUUUCUGCGCUUUUGACUUCUGUGGGAAUAAAUCUUGGUUUAUGUUUCCUAUUCUUCACUCUGUAUUCCGUAUUGAGGAAACAACCUGGUAAUGCUGACGUUUACGCGCCACGUUUAGUUGCCGAAGGAAAACUUGAACCGAGAAUUAAUUUCAACUUGGAAAGGUUACUGCCUUCUGCCGGUUGGGUGAGCAGCUCGUGGCAUCCCACUGAAGAAGAACUCCUCAGCCGCGCUGGUUUAGAUGGUGUUGUCUUUAUGCGCGUUAUUAUCUUUAGUUUGAAAGUAUUUGCUUUUGCUGGGGUAGUUGGCCUUUGUGCUCUUCUACCAAUCAAUUUUAUGGGUAAUCAGAUAGUUAUUGAUUUUUCUGACUUUACAAACAAGUCUCUGGAAUCAUUCAGUAUUUCAAACGUCAACGAUGGAUCUAAAAAGUUAUGGGUUCACUUUGGUGCAGUAUAUGCCUUCACUGCAUUUGUCUGCUAUCUUCUUUAUCUGGAGUAUCGUUAUAUUUCUUUGAAAAGGCUUGCGUACUAUUACUCUUCCGAGCCUAAGCCAGACCAGUUUACUGUAUUGGUUAGAGGUAUCCCAAAGUCAUCUGCAGAAAGCUUAAGUGCGAACGUUGAGAAGUUUUUCUCAGAAUAUUAUCCUUCAUUAUAUCUGUCACAUUACAUGGUGUAUCACACUACCAAGAUUCAGAAGUUAAUCAGUGAGGCUGAUAAGGUGAGUAGAAGGCUUGCUUAUCUGAAGUCAACACAAAAGACUUCUCAAAGGUAUGGGCGCGUUGGAUUUCUUGGGCUUUUUCGGCCCAAAAUCGAUCUCGUGGAGUAUUAUGAAAAGAAGUUAGAAGAACUAGAAGAUAAUGCGAGGACGCAACAAUCAUUACUUAGUGGGAAGGAAGUUCCUGCUGCUUUUGUAUCGUUUAAGUCACGGCUUGGUGCUGCGGUAGUUUUACAUGUCCAACAAGGAGAAAAUCCUACAGAGUGGCUUACUGAGCGGGCCCCACAACCGGAGGACGUAUACUGGCCUUUCUUUUCCGCAUCGUUCAUAAGCAGAUGGAUCGGGAAUGUCAUGGUGAUUUUCGCGUGUGUUAUUCUUACAAUUUUGUUCUUCAUUCCUGUUAUAAUAGUGCAGGGUCUGACUAAUCUGGAUCAGUUGGAGACCUGGUUCCCUUUUCUGAAAGGCAUAUUGAAUAUAGCGUUUAUAAGUCAGGUCAUUACGGGAUAUCUUCCGAGUUUAAUUCUCAAGAUGUUUUUAUAUCUGGUGCCACCUGUCAUGAUAAUGUUAUCGUCUAUUCAAGGGUACGUGGCGAACAGUCAGAUAGAGAAAAGUGCAUGUAACAAGAUGCUCUGGUUCACCAUAUGGAACAUAUUCUUUGCAAACGUUUUAUCCGGAUCGGUUUUAUAUCGCGUUAAUAUCUUUCUGGAGCCUAAGGAAGUACCAAAUAUAUUAGCUGUUGCUGUUCCAGGACAGGCUACAUUCUUCGUAACAUACGUUGUGACAAACGGCUGGACUAGUACAGCUUCGGAACUUUUGCGCUUGAUGCCCCUUGUUUCGAAUUUUGUGGGAAGAAUUUUUUUCACAAAAGCUGAUGAAAAGUUUGAACUGCCUUCACUGCCGUACAGCAGUGAGAUCCCGAGCAUUCUCUUAUUCGGACUUCUUGGCAUUACAUACUUUUUCUUGUCGCCGUUAAUUCUCCCAUUUCUACUGGUUUACUACUGUUUGGCAUACAUCAUUUACCGUCACCAGUUGCUGAAUGUUUAUUCACCAAAAUUUGAGACUGGUGGAACCUUUUGGCCAAUUGUGCAUAACUCGAUGGUUUUUUCGUUGAUACUGAUGCACAUGAUUGCUGUGGGUAUAUUUGGUCUGAAGAAACUUCCGUUGGCUUCCAGUUUGACUAUUCCGCUCCCGAUCAUCACUCUUUUGUUUAACAGCUACUGCCGGAAGCGCUUCUUACCGGUCUUCAAGGGUUAUCCUGCUGAGUGCAUGAUAAAGAAAGACAGAAGUAACGAAUCAAUGUCGGAUUUUCAUGAGAGACUAGCCACUGCAUAUCAAGAUCCAGCUUUGAAGCCGAUUCAUUUCUCUAGACGAACCGAUAGCCACAAUGCCCCACUUCUUGCUUCUGAGACAUGAACAGGUUAAAUGCGUGUGCAUCAUUAUGCAAGUUUGACACAUGCCUGGUACGAUCAACACAUCUGGACCGGUUGUCUAUAUACCUUUCUGCGCAGAUGGAUUGAAUGUGUGCUCUUUUACUGGUAAAAUUGCCUUCGACACUCUUUUUGUUCUGAUCAUAGUUAUAGAAAUGAGACCGGACCUGGCUUGACCCGUUUUAGGUAAUCUUGUUGUCUAGGAUGUAAAUUAGCUUUGUUAUGUUGAAGAUACAAUAAUGUAUGAUUUACGAUGGGUAAGCUUGUUUUCUUAUUUCCAGAUGAUAGUAAUAAAAAUAAUAUCAUCAAGCGCUUUUCUUUUCUUGAA